GAAUGAAUCACUGAGUAAAACAAAUCACUCCAUGGUAUCUGAGUUCAUUCUACUGGGACUUUCUGAUUCUUGGGAACUCCAGGUUUUCCUAUUUGUGUUGUUUUGUGCACUCUAUGGAGGAAUUGUGUUUGGAAACCUUCUUAUUGUCAUAAUGGUGGCUUCCAACUCCCGCCUUCACUCCCCCAUGUACUUCUUCCUAGCCAACCUCUCACUCAUUGAUCUGUCUCUGUCUUCAGUCACAGCCCCUAAGAUGAUCACUGACUUCUUUAGUCAACACAAAGUUAUCUCUUUCAAUGGCUGCCUUACUCAGAUAUUUCUCCUUCACUUUUUUGGUGGGAGUGAGUUAGUGAUCCUCAUAGCCAUGGCAUUUGACAGAUACACAGCAAUCUGUAAACCCCUACGCUACACUACAAUUAUGAGUGACAAGGUUUGUAUUGGCAUUGUGGCUGCAGCAUGGGGGAUUGGCUUCCUCCACUCAGUAAGCCAGCUGGCCUUUGCAGUACACUUGCCCUUCUGUGGUCCCAAUGAGGUUGAUAGCUUUUAUUGUGACCUUCCUAGGGUAAUCAAACUUGCCUGUACAGACACCUACAGGCUAGAUAUCAUGGUCAUUGCUAACAGUGGUGUGCUCACUGUGUUUUCUUUUGUUCUCCUAAUCAUCUCCUACACUAUUAUUCUAAUGACCAUCCAGUAUCGCCCUUCAGGAAGGUCAUCCAAGACUCUGUCCACUCUGACUGCUCACAUUACAGUAGUUCUUUUGUUCUUUGGACCAUGUAUCUUUAUUUACACCUGGCCAUUUCCCAUCAAGUCAUUAGAUAAAUUUCUUGCUGUGUUUUAUUCUGUAGUCACUCCUUUCUUGAACCCAAUUAUAUAUACACUGAGGAACAAAGACAUGAAAACUGCAAUGAGAUGGCUGAGCCAAUGGAAUGUGAAUUCUAGUGUAAAGUUUUAGGCCUUAUAUAACUAUAAGAUUAAUCUAAGAUAAUGACUUAAUAUAUAAUGAAGUUGGUAAAUUAUUUAGUAAAGCUCAUGAAAAUUGUACCUU